AUGGUCAACAUGAAGCUGCCAAUUAAAUGGGGGAAAAAGGAGCUCGAGGUGGACGUGGCGGACGGCCUCUCUGUCGAAGACUUCAAGUCGCUCGUUUACUCGAUGACCAAUGUACUCCUAGGACUCCACUUUCUGUCACUUUCAAUACCUCCACUGAAAUUAAAUAUCUUGUGUCAACUACUUCUCGUCCAACAUUCUAUCCCAGGUCCCAGUCGCAAAUAAACAAUCUUCCAACUACUUCUCGUCCAACAUUCUAUCCCAGGUCCCAGUCGAUCGCAUGAAAUUUCUCGGCUUUGCUGGCGGCCUACUGAAGGAAAGCGACAACUUGAUCGAAAAAAUCAAGAAGCUGAAGCCAAAUGCGAAGAUUCAGUUGGUACUCCUGCUUGAGGAUUGUGAUCGAGAUAAUUGUAGUCAUCGACAGAAAAAUAGUGCAACAUCAACUACAUCUGCAUCUGCAUAUUACCGACCCACUACACAACCCAUACCAACCACAGAUCGGCACAGCAGAAGGCGGAGAGGUACAUGCACCGGCAGAAAAGACAGUCUUCAUGGAAGAUUUAACUGCUGAGGAGAGAGCAAAGAUUUUAAAGGAGAAGAAAGUGGUAUCUUCUAUUGCAGCAUCUUUUGAAGAUGAUAUUGUUCCUCAGAGGACUGUCGUUGUAAUUUUUAUUUUUGGCAAGAACAACAACAAGAUCUACUCAGAAGAUUCUGGAUUCUCUUCCAAAACAACAACAACUUUCACAGGAAGUGCUCCCCUGUGGUUUGAAGAACCUGGGGAACACUUGUUACAUGAACUCUGUGGUGCAAGUUUUGAAGACAUGUCCAGAGUUUCGAUCUGCGUUAGUCCCCACUAGUGGUGGUGGCGCAAGCUCCUCAACGUCAAAUGGAGGACAGGCGAACGAUUUUGCAGCAAUGAUGGGCAUGGGAGGUGGUUCAGCCACUGAUGCGGGAUUUACAAAUUUAUGACCCAAAGGGAAUUCAUUUUCAUCUCCAAUGAAAUGCAGACUACCCAAGAGAAUAUAGAGACUCGGAAGGACUUCAACUUCAUAGUGUUCUUACCGAACAAAAACUUGAACUGUAUGGUCAACAAAUAAUACAAAAUCCCUUCAUCUACCCACCUUUCUAGUAGUACCCCUUCUACUACCCCUCUAAUCCCUUCCCUCCGCGUUUUUUUGGACUCCCUGGACAGCACAACGGAUACGGUUACGCCUUUCCAGUUUGUGCAGACUCUUAGAACGCGGUUUCCGCAGUUUGGCGCAACUACUGGCAAUCCGCCAUCGUAUCAACAGCAGGAUGCGGAAGAAUGCCUCCGUGAGAUGUUCUCCGUUAUUGCCAAUGCCACGCAAAAAGACGGCACAAACGCAGUGGACAAAUACUUCGGGUUCAAAAUGAAGUCCAAGUAUAAGUGUCUAGAAGUGGAAGACGAGGUGCCGGAUGAAAGAGAAGAAAGCUACCGUUUCUUCGUCUGUCAUAUGGGGUCUACCACAGAACCGGUGUCGCACAUGCACGAGGGCAUAAAACACUCGCUCAAGGAACACUUGGAGAAAAGCUCACCGAGUCUAGGUAAUACUGAUUUUGAUGUUUGGUGUUGUUUGUUGUUGUUCGUCGCAGCACAUGUUGCACAAGCAAGGUACGUAGUACUAGAGCUACAAGAACAGCCAUAUUAGUUUCCUUUUUUUCAAUUCUUGCCAAUUUUGAGUUUUACGGCCUUCCCACGUGGUCCUUCAACUCCAACUCCCCAGGUCGAAUAGCUCAGUACGAGAAGAGUACUUGUAUGGCGACUUUGCCUCAGUAUCUCUGGGUCCAAUUCGCGCGGUUUGGCUAUAAGCAAGCGAGUGCCCUUGGCGGCACAGAAGCUUCAGCGGUGAAAAUGGUCCGAAAAUGCGCCUUUUCAGCGUCAUUGGACGUGUAUGAUUACGCCACGCCAGAACUACAAAAGGAGUUGGGAGUGGGCAGACUGAAACUCCGGGAAAAGCGCGAAUUAGAAACGGAAGCAGAAGCAAAAAAGAUAGCUGAUUUUGGAAAGGACGAAAGCGAAAUACGUACUAAUAACACUUCUAGUUCUAUCUCUAUCUCUCCUAGUACUACUAGUACUACUAGUACUUUCAGGUACAGCACUCCUCUACUCUCUUAAUAGAAAUAACCCGCCCAGAAAAGAAGUUAUUGCCAGCAUUGGUUCCUUUUCCUCCAAGUAGCAAUGACUUUCGAAAUCGAAUCUUCCACUUUAUCAUUAUCCUCAAGCUCAAUUCUCUUCCUCCAACACAGAACCAAUGGAAGUCGAGGAUCCGACAGUUCCGAAGAAGGAUUUCAACACUGGGCAAUACGAGUUAUGCGGUGUCGUUAGCCACAAAGGACGCUCCCUACAGGGCGGACAUUACGUCGGUUGGGUUAAGACGCAUGCCGCAGACGGAAAAGAUUACAAGGAUGAU